AAUAUUCGAACCGCACGCAUCCAAUUUCCGGGAAACAGUAAGAUACUGGCUGAAGCUUGAUCAAUCGCGUGAAUCGCACACCCCCCGCGCACCGGCUGUUGAAACGAAAUUUUGUAUCAUACUCUCGACGAUCGCAAGUGUACGACAUGUUUUUCCUUAAAGAAGAGGUCAAGGUCAUCACCUUGCACCCGUCCUACUUCGGGCCCAACAUGCGCGAGUAUCUCAUCAACCGAUUAAACGAGGAGGAAGAAGGACGUUGCACGGGCGACCACUUCGUGAUCUGUGUGAUGGACAUGGUUGAUAUUGGCGAAGGACGGGUGCUCCCAGGCAGCGGACAGGCAGAAUAUACUAUCAAGUAUCGGGCAAUUAUCUGGAAGCCCUUCCGCGGAGAGACCGUCGAUGCGAUUGUUACGUCUGUCAAGCCCACCGGUAUAUUUACUUUGGCCGGUCCAUUGUCUGUUUUUAUUGCACGGAAAAACAUUCCUUCCGACAUCAAGUGGGAACCGAACACAGUACCGCCACAAUACACGGACCAUGCGGACCAAGUCAUCGAGAAGGGAACCAGUUUACGGCUUAAGAUUCUUGGUGUGAAGCCCGACGUUGCGGCGAUCAAUGCCAUUGGAACGAUCAAGGAAGAUUAUCUCGGACCAUUGUAAUGCCUUUUGUGAUGUGCCGUUUACCUCCCCCAUUUAUACUAAUGAUUGA